GGAAACCCAAGGCUGAGAGAGAAGAAAGAGAGCUUAGAGAGGCAAAAAUGCCGCAGGUUCCAUCUACGAGAUGGUGUCCAACACCAGAGCAACUAAUGAUACUUGAGGAAAUGUACAGAAGUGGAGUGAGGACUCCAAAUGCUUCUCAGAUUCAGCAAAUCACCACACAUCUCUCUUACUACGGUAAAAUAGAAGGAAAGAAUGUCUUCUACUGGUUUCAGAACCACAAGGCUAGAGAGAGACAGAAGCUCAGGAGAAGGCUUACAAAGCAGCAGCAGCAGCAGCAACAUCCCAUUCAGUUUCAGAACUUGGAGGAUGCUUCUCUUCCUCUUCAUGAUGAUUCUUCUCAGAUGCUCUAUGGACAACAGAUGAAUCCUCAGUUUUUUCAACAAGGAGGAGGGUUUCAGGAACCAAGAUCACAAGUAAUGGAUUUGCUGAGGAGGCUCGAAACGGCCGGCGGACCUCAAGAGGAGGCUUCUUCAUCUUCAAGCGCCGACACGCUGUUGCGGUGUGGCUGCGAGUGGAUGACGAUGAUGGAUCCAAGUUUCGGGGAGCCGCCAAGCUGCAAACUUCCAAAGACUUUGGAGCUCUUCCCUACAACUAGCACUGGACUCAAAGAUGAGUGUAGCGUCUCCAAGUCCUCCUCAUGCUCUGCUUCAACCAGCUGA